CACUCAGAUGAUCUCAUUUUAAUUUUGCCAACAGUGAAGAGUAUGUUUUCUUUAAAAACUGGUUUUCUGCUGUGUAAUGACUGACGUAAACAGCUGGCAGUGAAGAUAGCUCCGAAUUUCUGGUGUAAGUAGCACGGUCAAUGCAGGAGCGAUGAGUGGCUCUGGAAACCUGAUGGAUUUCCUCGACGAGCCAUUCCCUGACGUGGGGACUUAUGAGGACUUCCACACCAUCGACUGGCUGAGGGAGAAGUCACGGGACACCGACAGACACAGAAAGAUAACCAGCAAAAGCAAGGAGUCCAUCUGGGAGUUCGUCAAGAGCCUGCUGGACGCCUGGUCGGGCUGGGUCGUCAUGUUGCUCAUCGGCCUGUUGGCGGGCACCCUGGCCGGGGUCAUCGAUCUCGCCGUCGACUGGAUGACCGACCUGAAGGAGGGCGUCUGCCUGUCCGCCUUCUGGUACAGCCACGAGCAGUGCUGCUGGACUUCCAAUGAGACCACGUUUGAGGACAGGGACAAGUGUCCCCUGUGGCAGAAGUGGUCAGAGCUGCUGGUGAAUCAGUCGGAGGGUGCCAGUGCUUACAUUCUGAAUUACCUAAUGUACAUCCUGUGGGCGUUGCUGUUUGCAUUUUUGGCCGUCUCCCUGGUGCGAGUAUUUGCGCCAUAUGCCUGUGGCUCUGGUAUACCCGAGAUAAAGACCAUCCUGAGCGGCUUCAUCAUCAGGGGCUACUUGGGCAAGUGGACCCUGCUGAUCAAGACUGUCACCCUGGUGCUGGUGGUGUCCUCGGGCCUGAGCCUCGGCAAGGAAGGACCGCUGGUGCACGUGGCCUGUUGCUGUGGCAACUUCUUCAGCAGCCUUUUCUCCAAGUAUAGCAAGAAUGAGGGCAAGAGGCGCGAGGUGCUGUCAGCCGCGGCCGCUGCCGGGGUGUCCGUUGCCUUUGGUGCUCCGAUCGGGGGUGUGCUUUUCAGUCUGGAAGAGGUCAGCUACUACUUUCCCUUGAAGACCUUGUGGCGUUCCUUUUUCGCGGCACUGGUGGCAGCUUUCACGCUGCGAUCCAUCAACCCAUUUGGGAACAGCCGCCUCGUCCUCUUCUACGUGGAGUAUCACACGCCCUGGUACAUGGCCGAGCUCUUCCCCUUCAUCCUGCUCGGGGUCUUCGGGGGCUUGUGGGGAACCCUCUUCAUCCGCUGCAACAUUGCCUGGUGCAGGAGGCGCAAAACCACCAAGCUGGGGAAGUACCCAGUGCUGGAGGUCAUCGCGGUGACCGCCAUCACUGCCAUCAUCGCCUACCCCAACCCCUACACGCGCCGCAGCACCAGCGAGCUCAUUUCCGAGCUCUUCAAUGACUGCGGGGCCCUCGAGUCCUCCCAGCUCUGUGACUACAUCAACGACCCCAACAUGACGCGGCCUGUGGACGACAUCCCUGACCGGCCGGCUGGGGUCGGGGUUUACACAGCCAUGUGGCAGCUGGCCCUGGCGCUGAUCUUCAAAAUCGUCAUUACCAUAUUUACCUUUGGCAUGAAGAUCCCAUCCGGCCUCUUCAUCCCCAGCAUGGCUGUGGGGGCCAUGGCGGGCAGGAUGGUGGGGAUCGGCGUGGAGCAACUGGCUUACCAUCACCACGACUGGAUCAUCUUCAGGAACUGGUGCCGACCAGGAGCAGACUGCGUCACCCCAGGGCUCUACGCCAUGGUGGGAGCUGCUGCCUGCCUAGGUGGAGUUACCAGAAUGACGGUGUCAUUGGUGGUCAUCAUGUUUGAGUUGACGGGUGGUCUUGAGUACAUCGUGCCGCUGAUGGCGGCGGCCGUGACCAGCAAGUGGGUGGCCGAUGCCUUUGGGAAGGAAGGCAUCUACGAGGCCCAUAUCCACUUAAACGGGUACCCAUUCCUGGACGUGAAGGACGAGUUCACCCACCGCACGCUGGCCACCGACGUCAUGCGGCCGCGGCGAGGGGAGCCGCCGCUGUCCGUGCUCACCCAGGACAGCAUGACCGUUGAGGACGUGGAGACGCUCAUCAAGGAGACCGACUACAACGGCUUCCCUGUGGUCGUCUCCAGGGACUCGGAGCGCCUCAUCGGGUUCGCCCAGAGGAGGGAGCUGAUUCUUGCCAUAAAGAACGCCAGACAGAGGCAGGAGGGCAUCGUGAGUGACUCGGUCAUGUACUUCACGGAGGAGCCUCCUGAGCUGCCGGCCAACAGCCCACAGCCCCUGAAGCUGCGGCGCGUCCUGAACCUCAGCCCUUUCACGGUCACGGACCACACCCCCAUGGAGACGGUGGUGGACAUCUUCCGGAAGCUGGGGCUCCGCCAGUGCCUGGUGACUCGGAGCGGGAGACUUCUUGGCAUCAUCACGAAAAAGGAUGUUCUGAGACACAUGGCCCAGAUGGCAAACCAGGACCCUGAAUCCAUCAUGUUUAAUUAGAAACAAGAUGGCUGUUUCUUUGAGAAAAACACAACUGUGUCAUUUGAAAAGAAAUAAACAAAUGAUAUGUUAUUUUCCUAAUGAACGGUCAGGCACUGGGGGCAGCAGAAACAAAAGCUUUGUUUGAAAGGAAGGGAAGAAGAAUGAAACUUAGAAAAAAAAUGUGUCGAUGAGUAGGCAUUUUAUAGCUUUAACCCCUUAUGAGUUUCAAGCUGUGUUAUGAGUUUAGUAACUGCUGUGGGGGCACUUGGGUGGGUGUAAACGGUCCAGUUUGUACAAGGACAUGCAACACAAUCGCUGAGUCAAGAAACAUUUGCCCCUUCUGUUGAAGGCUGGUGUGGGUGAAGCUGUGAGUCUGAAAGGCCAAGGGGGAUUGGCGUGUCAGCGUCCUUAUUUACUGGUUCCUGAGGUUUGGCUGGUAUGUUACUGAAUCAGACUAAAGAUAUUUGCACUUACUUUGUUGGAAAAGGAAAAGAAAUUAAACGUGAACAUAG